CAAGCGAGCGUCGGAACCAAUCGGCAGCCAAUAGAUCGUCUCGACGUUUGACUCUUGUCUGCUCGGAUUGGCUCCAACGCUCGACGUUACCUAUGAAAUUGUGUCUUUUGUUUAUUUUUUUUUUAGAUCUAAAAAUAUACUCCAAUCAAGUGCAAAAGUUCACUAACUAUGGUUGUUAUUAAACCGAAUUAACCGGUUGCCGUGUAAACAGAGGAGAACAACAGGAACAUGGCGCAGAUUUAAUCAGAUCAUAACGGAUAAUAGUGGGAAUUUCUUCGCAUACGUUUGAUUUGACGUUCGAUAUUCUAACAUGCUGUAAUUCAGAAAAAGGCCGGAAAAGAACGCCGGAGAAAUGGUUUCAGCAAAAACUUACAAGAUGAUACAGGCGGAAACAUGCAUCACACGAGACAAAAUAACUCGAUAUCGUGGCAUUCUGAAGUUAUAUGCGCGCGAUAAAAAGCUGCAGUUGUUACAAGCCACGAAAUUGAAAUCGACGGUAUCGAGGAAGCUCGCGUCCUUGGAAGUGGAUGUUAGGAAACAUCGCGAGAUCGUCGGCAAGGAUUUGUCGGAAGGCGGUAAAAAACUGACAUACCCAGGCGCCGAUUGCGGGAAAUUCUGUUUGGCAAUUAGUCAACUGCAAGCAUCUGAAAUUUAUGCAGCUAUAUUUCACAACAGCGACAUAAUGCGUCAACUCUUGAACAAGCUUUAUUACGAGAAAAAUAAGAAACUGAAACACGCUAUUGAAUUACAGUUGGAAUAUAGCGAUCUUUCGAAUGAAUGUAAAGAGGAGAACGGUGGUACUCUACAAUUACACUGCGAACAGCAACAAUUCGUGGCGCAGUUGCAGCGGUCCAUCUCGAAAUAUAAUACGGCGAAAGCGAUACGUUCCAUAUACUUAUCGAUAUUGCAUAUCCUGCAAAAGGAUGCAAUGUUCUUCGACACCUUGUUGAACAUGUUGAAAGAGGACCAGUUUUCCCAAUGCAAAGCGAUGUUGAGGAUGACGGUGAUGGGCCAGCUGGCAACAGAGAACUUGGACGACGUUAGACAAAAAUAUAAACGGAUGACUGGCAUCAUUUUGCGUAAUAUGAGAAUCAGAGAACAGACGUUGAAUAGUGUACGCUGUCAAGUACAAGAUUUGUGGUCUUGUGCAUUGUCCUUGGUGCGCGUUGAAAGCGAUACUGUUUUUUCAAGAAAAGACAUCGCAGACGAGUUAUCGUCUGCUGACGAAGUAUUGGAAAAACAGUUAAUAUCUUUGGAAAACAUAUGCGAUCGAAUAAAAGAAACUCUACUUGUGCGCUCUUAUCACGAUUUGUUAUCGAGACUCGAAGAUCAAUCCAAGCAGAGAACAGAUUUGCUAGCAAGAUUAAACUUCAAUACAAAGAAUCGUGACUCAUUGUUGAGCAAAACGAAUCAUGCUGUGCAAGUUCUCGAGGGUCUCAUGCAUUCUAAAACUGCAGUUGAACAUUAUAAAGCACAGGAAUGUGAGAUAUUGGAGCAAAUCGAGAUUGAGAAGAAACGCGAAAAAGACCUCAAGGAACUAAAGAAAAUUCGCGGUGAACUAUUCACGAACAUUAGAGCUGCUUUACAAAAUAUAAACAUGAUGUUGCUCUGUGUUAGGCAAUCCGAUACAAAAGAUACGACGAAAAAGAAAGACGUGGGCAAAGAUGUUAUGCUAAAAAAGGAAUCCAAUUACGACCAAGAAGACACAGAACUUGAACUCGAAUCGCUAGCAGAGCUCGAAGAGGUGGAUACCGAUGUUUUGGUGUUGUUGGCGAAGAUUACCCGAAAGAUAAGUAUUUUAUAUAAUAUGAGUAAUUUCGAUCUCAAGAAAGAAAAGGAAUAUAAAGCACGAUAUUUCUAUCAGACCUAUGUGUCGGAUUAUAAUUCUAAUUGGAUAUUGGGAAGCAUUGAAGGAAAAGAACUGAGAAUUGGAUUAUACGUCGAACAUGAAAUGAUCGACGCUACCGUUCCAACGCGAGAUGACGUCAAAUUUCGCAGCAGACAGAUCAUAGAGGCGCACAUUUGAAACCAGCGGAAUAACUUACGCAAAAUUGAAAAGCCUAAUAAAUGAGGAGCCAUGAUGAUAAAAUAGAAACAUAAUUUAAGAUUGUUAUUUAUUAUAUUACAAUCGUAUUGUUCAA